GCCAUUCAUCCGUUAUGUACUUCGCGUACUCAUCUUUGUUUACAAAAUAUCAAGCCAUGUUUACUGAUAAGGAAUUUUCUCUUAAGUUCCGUACGUUGAUAAGAAAUUCGAAAAGAAGUGUGCAAUUUGGGAAAACAAUACUCAUAAUUUCGCAUUUGGUGUUUUGUGAAUUUGUUCGGCCAGACAGACGAUUCAGCUCCAGCCCAAGGACACUGCUUCGCACUACCACAAGGUUCGAUUAAAAACUCUUGAAGCGCAUUUCCCACGAGGCGUUCGGUGAACUGAAUCUGUGUUAGUGCUGUAUCGUCAUCACAUUUCGCGUUGACCCACGAAUAGGAGAGCUAAGAAACACGCGGUAUAAUGCUACUGCGCUCCCAUCAAUUGGCGCUAAUUGCGCCCACCACUUUACGCUGCUGCAGUCGCAAAAUGGUACUGGAAACAUCGACACGCGCUGCGGCCACGAGUGCCGUCGUUUCCAGCCCGAUCAAGCCUUCGUCCAACGUGAAAGGUGGUGUCCAGCCAGUGUCACUUCCACUGGGCACGAGGGAUCAUCCUGUUGAACCGAAGAAACCUGUCCAGGAAAACUACGAGAAUGCCGUCCAAGCCCUCAACUCGCUGCAAUCGAACUAUAGCGUUCUUCAAAGUUCGACAAGUAGGACUCACACGGCGGAUUCGAUCCACAUUCAGGAGACGGUGAAGUUUUUGCAACGAGUAGGAAUUUCGCUGGAAACACUCGAUCAUCUUCCGGUUAUUCACAUUUCCGGUACGAAAGGCAAGGGUUCAACAUGCUCCCUAGUGGAAUCCAUUCUGCGAGCUCACGGCUACCGAACCGGUUUCUUCAGCUCACCGCAUCUAGUGUCUGUGACGGAGCGCAUUCGACUGAAUGGGACUCCAAUCGAUUCGACGAAAUUUGCCACCUAUUUUUGGAGGAUAUACAAUCGUUUGCUGAACAGUCGAGAUCAUCCCUACGACCUCCCAGCUUAUUUCAACUUCCUCACAAUUCUCGCAUUCAACGUUUUUCUCCGAGAGAAGAUUGAUGUGGCCAUUGUGGAGGUUGGCAUUGGCGGAAAGUACGACUGCACAAAUGUUGUACGUGGGACAAAAACCGUCGGAAUAACCUCUCUAGGUUUGGAACACACCGCACUGCUGGGGAACACUAUCGAAGACAUCGCCUGGCAGAAAGCCGGUAUCAUAAAGAAUAAUUCGGAUGUCUUCACCGUACGCCAACCCGAGGGCUGUUUGGACGUGAUUGCGAAUCAGUGCCAGGAAAAGGCAGCCCAACUUCACCUGGUGCCUGAUUUCGAUUCCUACUCAUGGAAACGAAAGCCGAAUCUGAAUGCUAACAAUUUGGCCAUCAAGCUGAACACAUCGCUAGCCAUUCAGAUAUCCCAGAACUGGAUCAGCCGAACACGUCCAGAACUGCUAGGCCGAAACGAUGGUUCCCUUUCGGAGAUGUUCAGCCGAGGUGUUGAAUCGUGUUUUUGGCCUGGUCGGUGUCAUCAAAUCCACAAGGGGAAUAAGCGAAUAUUCUUGGAUGGUGCUCACACGGUGGAAAGUAUCGAAAUCUGUUCGAAAUGGUUUCAGUCGUGUCAGCGGAAGGAAAACCCCAAGGUUCUAAUUUUCAAUGCUACUGGAAAUCGGGACACGCGAAAAUUGUUGGCAAUACUGUCUAAGCAUGUCCAUUUCGACAGAGUGUUCUUCGCUCCCAACAUUGCUUCACAGUCGACGUCGAAUAUAGAUGCUAUCAAUCAUAACUUUCCCAGUGACGAACAAAUGAGACGUUGCGAAGAAAAUGCUCAGCUAUGGCGCGAAAUAAUGGAACAACGCAACUCACUGCAUGUUAGUGUAGCGUCGGUGCAACCUGCCCUGGAUGGCGUGAUUGAACAAAUCGAUAAUAGCUAUAUGCAACAUCAGGAAUGUGAUAUUUUGGUAACCGGAUCCCUUCAUUUGAUUGGAGCUGUGUUGACUGCACUGAAAAUGGAAUCACAAGUGAUAACGCCCAGCUGAAAAAAAAUGUUGCCUGCGAAGGGCUAUAAUGUUCAGCAAUUUUCAAGGAAAGACGGCGAUGCUCUCGUCACAAGUGGAAUCUUUUCUGCACGUGCUGAAAGCAGAGGUGAGCGAUAUGUACAAUUAUUUUACUACACUGUUGUGUGAUGAUCUUUUAUGCAACAACAUACAAGGCAAAAGUUCUAGUUCUACAAGAAUUGAAUGUUCA